CACAAAAAAAGUUCGAGAAGUUUCUCUCAAACCCGUGUUGUAUUGUAUCGGGGAGCAAGCAACAACAAUAGCAUCAUCAACAACAGUAGCUGGAGUCUUGUGAUAUAAUUGAAUAACAUUGACUAGCAGCAGGAAUUAUGCAUUUUCUUUCAUGCAAAAAACAUGUCCUGUUCCUCUGGUUGUCGACGACAGUAGUGCCGACGACGGCGUUUUUGCCAACGCAGAAGUUGGUCGUCCAAACGCCUACUGCCUUCGCAGAUCAAUCUGAAACAUGGACUCGUUUGAACAUGGCUUUUGAAUCGAAAGACGGUAGCAACAUGUACGAUGGUCCUCUCGCCCUCACCAAGGAACGCGACGCCUGUGGUGUUGGUUUCGUCGCUAAUACGAACGAGGGUAAGUUAUGUAGCAUUGAACUAUUACGAUAGAUCUUGCUUCUAGCGUUCAAAUGAGAAUGAUCAGUCAGUGCCCAUAGCGGGAACUGUAGAGACCGUACAAUUAUGUUCCUCGUAUUUGGCGCGAUUUCCCCUUCGAAGUUUGUUCAUGUUUUCUUAUCUUCGCCACAUCUUGAAACUUUAUUCCACGGACAGAAUUUGGUACGCACAAGGUCGUCCAACAAGGUCUCUCUGCCCUCACCUGCAUGGAGCACAGAGGUGGAUGCGGAGGAGACUCUAUUUCUGGAGAUGGUGCUGGAAUCAUGACCGAAAUCCCAUGGAAACUUCUUGAUGAGUUCCGUUCGGACAGCUGCCCUCGACCCGGUGUUGGUCAGAUUUUCCUACCACGUGACGAGAAACGUCGCGAUGAUGUGAAGGCUGUUAUUGAAAAAGUGUGCAAAGACAAUGAACUUGGUUGGUUAGGAUGGAGAGAGGUUCCUACCGACCCAUCCGUCCUAGGACCCUUGGCCCUAGCUAGUAUGCCAAGUGUCUGGCAAUUCAUUGUGAAGGCUCCAGAACGCCUUAGCGACGGUGAUGACGAAGCACGCGACGGCUUCGAACGCACUCUAUAUUUGGUGAGACGACGAAUUGCGGUCGAGUUGAAGAAAGCUGGAUUGGAAUGGGAUGACGACGAUGGUGUUGUCUACAUUCCCUCCUUCAGUUCACGAACCAUCGUUUACAAGGGCAUGGUUCAGUCGGAGGUUUUGUCUCAAUUCUAUUUAGAUUUGCAGAAUCCUGACUACACCUCUAGAUUUUGCAUCUACCACCGUCGGUUCUCAACCAAUACCACGCCGAAGUGGCCUCUCGCUCAACCGAUGCGUACAGUUGGACACAAUGGAGAAAUCAACACCUUAUUGGGAAAUGUCAACUGGGUCAAGGCCAGAGAAAAAUCUAAAUCCAUUGAACUCGGUGACAUGGUCGACUGCGAUUCUUCUGAUAAUAUUGUGACGAUGUGCAAUACUCAGGAUAAUCCUUCUGUGCUCGAACCUGUUGUUAGUUUGGAUCGUUCCGAUUCUGCUAACCUUGAUGGUGUUUUCGAGCUUAUGUGCAAGUCCCGUCACACUGCACCAUGUGCUCUGAUGGCAAUGGUCCCAACGGCUUACAUGGAGAAUCCUGACUUGAAGAAUAAUCCUGAAAUCACGGACUUCUACAAGUUCCAUGGAGGUCUCUUGGAAGCCUGGGACGGUCCAGCUCUUUUGGUAUACUCUGACGGAAAAUCGAUCGGAGCUUCAUUGGACAGAAAUGGUUUGCGACCCGCCCGCUUCUCUAUUACGAAGGAUGGAUCCGUCUUCAUGAUGAGUGAAACUGGUGUCAUCCCUGACCUUGACGAAGGCGAAAUUGUCGAGAAGGGACGUUUGGGACCUGGCCAAAUGAUCAAUGUCGAUUUGAUGUCUGGUGAAUUUAAGGACAACAUUGCAAUCAAAAGUGAAAUCGCGAAACGUAAGUCAAUCAUAAAACGGGGAUUGUCUAGUGUGGAGUUUGAGUCUUCUUCCGUCAAAUGAAAUUGUAAUGAAUCUCACACUUUUUCCUCUGAUGUUUUUCAGGUCAUCCUUAUGGUGAAUGGAUCGAGAAGCAAAGAAAAGAUGUCACGAAGAUGCCAGCUGUUGACGAGCGCAUGUUCGAUGACGAUACCGCUACAUUCGCGCAAGCAAGUUUCGGUUGGGGACUAGAAGAUAUUGGUAUGCAAAUUCAGGAUAUGGCAGGAGCUGCGAAGGAAACCACAUAUUCCAUGGGAGAUGACGCACCUAUUGCUGCUCUUUCCGAACGUCCUCACGGCUUGUACAACUACUUCAAACAACGAUUUGCUCAAGUGACCAAUCCUCCAAUUGAUCCUCUUCGUGAAGGUGUUGUUAUGUCACUUGGUAUGACUCUAGGGAAAAAAGAAAGCAUMUACAAGGUGUCUGAAUCAGGUGCUCGUCUUAUUUAUCUUGAAUCGCCUGUAUUGAAUAGUGUUGAAAUGGAAAAAAUUGCCGAUUUGGCACAAGAUGAUCAAGGCGGCUUCAAGCAAAAGUCUUUGUCUACUCGAUACGCCCUUGCCGACGGUCCCAGUGGGAUCAAGACUGCACUUGAUGCUCUGUGCGAUGCUGCCGUUGAGCAAGUCAAGGCUGGCGUUGAAGUCUUGAUUCUCAGCGACAAGGCCGAUGGUCAAACAGAGUUGGACGAAACAACCUACAUUCCGCCACUCUUGGCUGUGGGAGCCGUCCAUCACAGACUUAUCGACGAGGGCCUUCGAAUGGACACCGGUCUCGUUGUGGAGACCGGUGGGGCCUGGUCCACUCAUCACUUCGCCUGUCUUGUUGGUUAUGGUGCCAAUGCCGUUCACCCAUACCUUGCUCUUGAGACUGUAAAACAAUGGCACGGUCAAUCGAGAACCCAGAAAAUGAUGGAUAGUGGAAAAUUGAAGAAGACAACUCUUGCGGAGGCACAAGAAAACUACAGAACUGCCGUUGAGAAUGGUUUGUUGAAGAUCUUGUCGAAGAUUGGAAUCUCAUUACUAACUUCUUAUGCUGGGGCACAGAUUUUUGAAGCUAUUGGCCUUGGUGACGAAGUCAUUGAUCGAAGUUUCAAGGGUACAACGAGUCGUAUCGGUGGACUCGACCUCGAGGAUAUUGCAUCUGAAACUAUCAUGAUGCGACCUGAGGUCGUUGGAAAGAAGCUCGUAAACUACGGAUACUACAAGCCUGUCCCAAAGCUCGGAGAAUACCAUGCCAACUCUGCCGAUCUUGCUAAACUUCUUCAUGAUGCAAUUGGCCUAGACAAGAAAGUGAGCGCCGCUAAAGGAAGAGAUGAACUUCCCAACGAUGGAGUAAAGCCGGCGAACGUUGCCAAUUAUGAAAUUUUCAAGAAGAGCCUCGAAGAAGCACCUCUUGCCAAUAUCAGGGAUCUUCUUGAUUUCGAAUCUGAUAGAGAGUCUAUUCCGAUCGACGAGGUUGAGCCUGCGUCUGAAAUUAUGCAACGUUUCUGUACUGGUGCCAUGUCCCUAGGAGCGCUCAGUCGCGAAGCUCACGAGACUUUGGCAAUUGCUGUGAACCGCAUCGGUGGAAAAUCCAAUUCUGGAGAGGGUGGGGAAGAUAUCAUUCGUGGUAAACCGAUUGCCGAUGUCGAUGAGCGAGGUAGAAGUGAAACUUUCCCCCACUUAGCAGGUUUGAAGAAGGGAGAUUCUGCUAACUCAUUCGUGCACCAAGUUGCUAGUGGACGUUUCGGAGUCACACCCGAAUUUCUUGUCACUGCCAAGCAACUCGAGAUCAAGAUGGCCCAAGGUGCUAAACCUGGUGAAGGUGGCCAACUUCCUGGUCCUAAGGUAUCCGAAUACAUCGCCGGACUGCGUGCGAGUAAGGAGGGCGUUACAUUGAUCUCUCCUCCACCUCAUCACGACAUCUACAGUAUUGAGGAUCUUGCGCAAUUGAUUCAUGAUUUGCAUGCUGUGAAUGAGUACGCCGGAGUUUCCGUGAAGCUUGUGUCAUCCAUUGGAAUCGGUACCGUCGCCUGUGGUGUAGCAAAGGCCGAUGCUGACGUCAUCCAAAUUUCUAGUGGAGACGGCGGUACAGGAGCGUCGCCUCUCUCUUCCAUCAAGCAUGCUGGAGGUCCUUGGGAACUGGGUCUCGCUGAAGCCCAUUCUGCAUUGUACGAAAACAAUCUUCGUGACCGUGUUGUAUUGCGCGUUGAUGGUGGUAUCCGAACUGGACGAGAUAUCCUAGUUGCAUCUUUGCUCGGAGCUGAACAAUAUGGUUUCGGAACAAUCGCGAUGAUCGCCGAAGGAUGUGUUAUGGCCCGAGUGUGCCAUCUCAACACCUGCCCAGUUGGAGUGACAAGCCAGAAAGAACAACUCAGGAAGAAAUUCCCUGGAACCCCUGAGCAUGUUGUGAACUUUUUCGAAUUUGUUGCAGAAGAAGUCCGUGAGCUCAUGGCCCAUCUCGGAUACAAAAAGUUGGAUGAUAUCAUUGGCCGUGCCGAUCUACUUAAAUCAAGCGAAGAGCAAAAUGGCCGAGUUGCAAAGACCAAAUCGAUCAAUGUUGACAAAUUCUUUUCUGGUAUUCCUAGUACUAAGGAUGAUCGCUCCUUCCUCAAAGCUACCAUCGAAGGUGGAGCCCAGGUGCCUAAGGAAGAAAUCGUCCACGUCAAUGGAUUCAGCUCCGAACUUGAUCGUGAACUUGUCAAGAAGCCUGAGAUCGAGAAGGUCAUCAAGGACAACUCUGGCGAAGUCGCUGUUACUGUUCCGAUCAUCAACACAGAUAGAAGUUCGGGUGCAAUGCUCGCUGGUAACAUCGCGCGUGCCCACGGUAACCGUGGCUUCAAGGGACAAAUCAACGUUCAGUUCGAAGGUAGUGCUGGACAGUCGUUUGGAGCCUUCACCUUGCCCGGUUUGAGUCUCCGUCUUGUUGGUGAGGGAAAUGAUUAUGUCGGAAAGGGUAUGCACGGUGGAGAAAUUGUCAUUGUCCCUAGUCCCGAAGCUAGCUUCGUUUCUGCCGACUCGAGUAUCAUCGGAAAUGCUUGCUUGUAUGGUGCAACUGGAGGCGACUUCCACGCUAAUGGUAGAACUGGAGAGAGAUUUUGUGUGCGAAACAGUGGAGCUUUCGCAGUAGCGGAAGGAGCUGGUGAUCACUGCUGUGAAUACAUGACAGGAGGUGUUGUAGUCAUGCUUGGAAGUGUUGGCAGAAACGUCGGAGCCGGCAUGACUGGAGGUAUUGGUUACUUUUAUGACACUGACGGUUCGUUCAACGACAAGGUGAACCACGAGAUUGUGAAAGUUCAAAGACUUGCCACCCCUGAAGGCGAAGCGCAACUUAAGCACAUGAUUGAGCGUCACUUCGAAUUGACAGGCAGCGAAAGAGCUGACGAAAUUCUCGGUAACUGGGAGGAAGAGAAGGGUAAAUUCUGGCAAAUUUAUCCUCCAUCGGAAAGCAAAACUGCUGUUGUCUCAUCCGCCGAAGAUGCUACAUCUGUUCUUAGGGUGUCUGCAUCUGCCCCAGAUGGAGAUAUGUGCUUUUUGCCUGUUGGCGCUGAAAUGUCAGCAGAGCAAACUCAACGAUGCGCAGAUUAAAAACUCUAUGAUAUGAUUUCAAUGCUACUAACAAAAUAUUUAAAAAGUC